CAGACCACUGAGACAAGGGGCCUUCGCACCCCUCAACACCUAAACCAAUAAUACUCAAGCUUUUGUGAAAGUUUUGGAAGUUCGACUGACGAAAUGAAGAGCUUCAGGAUCGUGUUAUUAUGUAUUGGCUCACUCUCCGUAGCUACCUCUGCACCAGCUGCAUCCCGUGAUAAUUCCCCGCAAGCAUCAGAAUAUGAAUACGAUUACGAAAACUCAGCACAAGCAGGCCAGGCUCAAGAUCCUCAGGAAUCUGCAAGCCAUUAUGAUGCUUAUAUCCAGGACGUCAAGGCCGCCGCUACCGGAGAUGGUGCUAAGAAAGGAUUCAGUAGAGGCAGCGGGUUAAGAACUAUUGCAGUAGGAAGUGCGAAUCAAGCGAAGACAGCGCUUGGGAAUCAAGCGGCGGCUGCGUAUCAAGCAGCUUAUAUGGCAAAGAAUACUUUGGCGCAGUCAGCGGCUCAAGCUAGUGCAACAGCGCAAGCAGCGCUUGCUGGUAAACAAGUGAUCCUAUCUGGAUUAGAGCAGCAAGUGAGAGACGCUAAGGUCGCUCUCCAGGGAGAAGAAAUGCAGCUCCAACAGGCUAAGAGAUCUGCUCAAUCUGCAGCACAAGCCGCCCAACAAGCUAUGCACCAGGUCAACGUAAUUCAAGCUGCACUGAACGCUGCACAAGCUACCUCCGAGAAUGCCAACGAGGCAGCAUCUCAAGCAGCUGGUGAGUUGGGUGCACAGACAGCCAUGGUGGGUGCAGCUAGGCAGAGGUUGCAGACUCUCCAGGAACAGCUGCAUGGUGUCAGAAUCGACUUCGAAGCUACCCAAUCUGCUGCCAGGAAGGCUCAGGCGGCCGCACAACAGGCACAAGCUAACGCUGCCGCAGCUGCCGCAAAGGCAGCGGCUGCUGGUCUUGGCUCUGGACAGCAUCAUGACGCCUCCCACGAAGGUACGGCUUACGAAGAGUACAAGGUUGCACCUUCCUCAGAACAGAACAGCCAAGAAUAUUACUCGCGCCAGUCGGAUUUCCAACACUAGU